AUGAUCAUUUGCAAAAAAGCCAUUCAAGACCUGGAGAAGGACUCUCCAAAAAUUAUACUCAUUUAUGGUGACUAUUAUAAUGCGUAUCAAUGGCUUCUGAAAGAUGCCACAAAUCUUGGAUUUGAAAAAAAUUCUCUACAAAAAGCUUGUUGUGGAAUAGGAGGAGAUUAUAAUUAUGACAAAAGUAAAAUAUGUGGAGCUCCUGGAGUGCCAAUCUGUGGUAACCCUGGUACUUACAUAAGUUGGGAUGGAGUUCAUUUGACACAAGCAGCAUAUAAAUGGUUGGCAAAAUGGCUAAUUGAUGACACGUUACCUAAAUUGAAUUGCCAAGUUUAGGAUUUCUUUUCUUUUUUCUUGGCAAAGUUCAUCAAUCAGAAUGUAUAUUAAAAUAACCUUCUCAUUUCUUUCUCUGUAUAGAGCAGUGCAUAACCAAGACCAAGCAAUUUUCAUUUUUAGUAGAAACGACGGCUGACCUUUUUUUUGCAGGGAUUGCCCUUAUUUUGGGGUGGUCUUU